AUGAUCCAGUUUAGUCCAACUUCAUUGAUCUGUCUAAAUAUCAUUUUUUUCAUUGGGGGUGAGACUGUGCUAGGUAAUGUCAGACCCUGUUCUACUAAGGGUACACUCAAUGGCAGUGCUAUGGAAACACCACCCAAGACUGCAGAGAAAAAUACAUCAACAGCUAUUUCAAAACAAAAGGAACAAUGCCUUGUGCCAUGUGAUAUUCAAGCUAAAAUGUUACGAGGAGAAAAACAUUACAUGUGCAGAAAUUUGCAGAACUCUCUUGUUGAAUAUGCAAGAAGUACAAAAAAACUGGUAAGAAAUAUGAUGGAUGACCAACAAUCUUCUUUGGAUUAUCUUUCUAAUCAGGUGAGUGAACUUAUGAACAGGGUCCUACUUUUGAAUGCAGAAGUUUUGAGAAAACAUUUGGAUCCACUUCCUUACAAAGCAGUUCAGUCUCAUGGACUGGAUUGCACCGAUAUUAAAGAUACCAUAGGUUCAGUUGCAAAAACUCCCAGCGGUCUGUACAUAAUCCAUCCAGAAGGAUCAAAUUACCCUUAUGAGGUUUUGUGCGAUAUGGAUUUUAAAGGAGGGGGAUGGACUGUGAUUCAGAAAAGAACCGACGGGGUAAUUGACUUCCAAAGAAAUUGGUCAGAAUACCUGGAUGGAUUUGGAGAUCUUUCAGGGGACUUUUGGCUUGGACUGAGGAAAGUUUUUCAUAUAGUAAAUCAGAAAACAACAAGCUUUAUGCUUUAUGUGGGUUUGGAAUCUGAAGAUGACACAUAUGCCUAUGCAUCUUAUGACAACUUUUGGCUAGAGGAUGAAGCGUGUUCCUUUAAAAUCCAUUUAGGGCGUUAUUCAGGAACUGCUGGUGAUGCAUUUCGAGGAUACAGAAAGGAAGAUAACCAGAAUGCAAUGCCCUUCAGCACUUUUGAUGUAGAUAAUGAUGGAUGCAACCCAGUAUGCUCUAUCCAAGAGCAACCUGUGAAGAGCUGCAGUAAUUUCAGCGAUAACACUGGCUGGUGGUUCAAUCAGUGUGGCCUUGCAAAUCUCAAUGGUGUUCAUCGUUUCACAGGAAAGUUUCUUGCAACAGGGAUUCAUUGGGAUACGUGGGCAGAGAAUAAUAAACUAAUCAGAAUUAAAUCAGUUUCGAUGAAAAUUAGAAGAACCUAUAAUCCGUAUUUCAAAUAG